UGAUUCUUGAAUCUCUUUUGUUUUCUUCCGUUUCUAUGUUCUCCAUUAGUUGCUUUCGCCCUUGCUCUCUGGACACUGGGAUUUGGUGAACUCUUCUUUGUAGUUUUCUCUCCAUCAUACCGUGUUUCAGUGGUUGGUUGCUGAACGAAUGUUGCAAAAUGAACAUCAUGAAUCGUCAAAAUUGUGCUGUCUAGCACUAUUUUCCUGUCGCUCGUUUCUCUUUUUGAUUUAGUUUUCCGUAUUCGGCUAAAGAAUACGAGGAUAUUGGAGGAGCUUGGCAAUGAAUUGUAUAUCGAAAACAUUCGGCGGACAGGGUAAAUAGUCCGGCUCUGCUUUACAGGACUCAGAGGUUGAUCACGCAUCAGAAAAUGUUUAACCGAAUGAUUUGUGAGCAUCUUGAGUGGUUUUAAAAUUAAUUUUCCCAGACUCAAGUGUUUGCUUCUUAUGAACUUGCGAAUAACGGUCAUCUGCAAUCAUGCGCCGAUUCGAACGAAAUCAGAGUGAAAAUUGUCUAGCGUUGUACUUUCCAUUAGCUAAUGCUUUUAUUAUGGUUCUAUGUUUUGACCGAGCGUAUGCAGAGAGGUCUAAUACACGGUUGCUGUUAUCUACGAAUGGCAUAUCCCGGGAAAAACACUCUGAAGGAUAUUGCGCAAUGUAUGGUAUCUGUGCAAAACGAGCAGAUGGUAAAGCGCUGAACUGUCCUACUGGUGCCCCAUCUGUGCAGCCAGAUAAUCUUCUAUCAUCAAAGAUCCAAAGUCUAUGUCCAACUAUUACUGGCAAUGUUUGUUGCACAGAACAACAAUUCGACACCCUACGAUCACAAGUUAUGCAAGCUAUUCCAUUUCUUGUAGGUUGUCCAGCAUGCUUAAGAAACUUUUUGAACCUGUUCUGUGAGCUUACCUGUUCUCCAAAUCAGAGCUUAUUCAUCAAUGUAACUUCUGUUUUAAAGGUCAAUAACAGCCUCACAGUUGAUGGCAUUGAUUAUUAUGUAGCUGAUGCUUUUGGUGAAGGUCUAUUUGAGUCCUGCAAAGAUGUAAAAUUUGGUACGAUGAACACUCGAGCCAUGCAAUUUAUUGGUGCUGAUGCUAAAAAUUUUAAAGAGUGGUUUGCUUUUAUUGGUAAACAAGCUGGCCCUGGCUUGCCUGGUUCACCAUAUGCCAUUGGAUUUCCAUCUACUGUGUCCGUGUCAUCUGGAAUGAAGCAUAUGAAUGUAUCUGCUUAUUCUUGUGGAGAUACUUCACUGGGAUGUUCCUGUGGUGAUUGCCCUUCAGCACCAGUCUGUAGUAGUACUGCAACCCCCGUUUUCCAUAGAAAAAAUUCUUGUUCAGUGAGAAUUGGGUCUCUCAAGGUCAAAUGUGUUGACUUCACUCUGUGUAUCCUGUACAUCAUAAUUGCCUCUGCUUUUCUUGUAUGGAGUUUUUUUUAUCGCAAAUCCCGAAAGAGCCCUUCUUCAGGAACUAAAACAAUGCCGAAUAUCAUGGAUGGGAGCAGUCUCCAUUCUGCUACUAGGCAAAAGGAUGAAAGUUUGCCGAUGCAGAUGCUUGAAGAUGCUCCUCAAAUCAGAAGUAGGAUUCAGCUUUCAGUUGUUCAGGGAUACAUGUCCAAUUUUUACAGGAAAUAUGGAACAUGGGUGGCCAGAAAUCCAACAUUGGUGUUGAUCUCAUCACUUGCCAUUGUUCUACUUCUGUGUUUGGGUCUCAUUCGUUUCAAGGUGGAGACAAGGCCUGAUAAGCUAUGGGUAGGACCAGGAAGCAAAGCAUCCCAAGAGAAGGAAUUUUUUGAUGCACAUCUAGCCCCUUUUUAUAGGAUUGAACAGAUUAUAAUAGCCACGGUUCCAGAUACCGUUCAUGGGAAGCCGCCAAGUAUUUUGAAUGAUAACAAUAUUAAGUUAUUGUUUGACAUACAAAAGAAGGUAGAUAGUAUUCGAGUUAAUUAUUCUGGUUCAAGCGUAUCUCUAAGUGACAUUUGCUUGAAGCCACUGGAUCAGGAAUGUGCCACCCAGAGUGUCCUGCAGUAUUUCCAGAUGAAUCUAGAAAAUGUUGAUAACUAUGGAGGAGUCGAGCAUCUUGAAUAUUGUUUUCAGCACUAUUCCUCUGCAGACAAUUGCAGGAGUGCAUUUGAAGCUCCUCUCGAUCCAAGCACCGCAUUAGGGGGAUACUCUGGGAACAACUUUUCAGAAGCUUCUGCGUUCUUAAUAACUUAUCCAGUGAACAAUGCUAUUAAUAAAGAAGGGAAUGAAUCUGGUCGAGCUGUGGCUUGGGAGAAAGCCUUCAUUCAGUUGGCUAAGGCUGAAUUAUUGACAAUGGUGCAAUCUCAAAAUUUGACGCUUUCUUUUUCUUCGGAAAGCUCCAUUGAAGAAGAAUUAAAAAGAGAGAGUACUGCUGAUGUCAUCACAAUCUUGAUAAGCUAUCUUGUGAUGUUUGCUUACAUCUCUCUUACUUUGGGUGAUAGACCACAUUUAUCUACCUUUUACGUUUCAUCAAAGGUGUUACUUGGUCUCUCUGGAGUUGUACUUGUCAUGUUGUCUGUUCUUGGAUCAGUAGGUUUUUUCAGUGCAAUUGGAGUUAAAUCUACUCUAAUCAUUAUGGAAGUUAUUCCUUUCCUUGUUCUGGCAGUUGGGGUGGAUAAUAUGUGUAUAUUGGUACAUGCUGUUAAACGGCAGUCAGUUGAAUUGCCUUUGGAAGGACGAAUUAGCAAUGCACUUGUUGAAGUUGGACCAUCCAUAACACUAGCUAGUUUAUCCGAGGUUCUUGCAUUUGCAGUUGGAAGUUUCAUUCCUAUGCCAGCAUGUCGUGUUUUUUCCAUGUUUGCAGCAUUGGCUGUUCUUCUGGACUUCCUGCUGCAAGUUACAGCUUUUGUUGCUCUCAUAGUAUUUGAUUUUCUAAGAACUGAGGAUAAGAGAGUUGACUGUUUUCCAUGUAUUAAGAGCUCAGGCUAUGCUGGCAGUGAUAAAGGCAUCACUCAGAGGAAUCCUGGCUUGUUAGCCCGAUACAUGAAGGAGAUCCAUGCACCAGCUCUUAGCAUCUGGGUAGUCAAAAUAGUCGUCAUAUCCAUCUUUGUUGGGUUCACAUUGGCAAGCAUUGCACUAUGCACCAGAAUUGAAGCUGGUUUGGAACAAAAAAUUGUCCUACCCAAAGAUUCUUAUCUUCAGGGGUAUUUCAAUAACAUUUCAGAACAUCUCAGAAUAGGUCCACCAGUAUAUUUUGUUGUAAAGAACUACAAUUACAGCUCAGAAUCAAGACAGACAAACCAAUUAUGCUCCAUCAGUCAAUGUGACUCAGACUCUCUUUUAAAUGAGAUUGCAAAAGCUUCACUAAUACCAGAGUCAAGUUUCAUUGCUAAACCAGCUGCUUCAUGGCUUGAUGAUUAUCUUGUGUGGAUAUCUCCAGAAGCAUUUGGAUGCUGUCGGAAGUUCACAAAUGGGAGCUAUUGCCCCCCUGAUGACCAGCCCCCUUGCUGUACUUCAAGUGAUGGUGGUUCCUGUGGUCUGAACGGAGUAUGCAAAGAUUGUACAACGUGCUUUCUUCACUCGGAUCUGCAUGGUGGUAGGCCAUCUACUACACAGUUUAAGGAGAAAUUGCCAUGGUUCCUCAGUGCUCUACCUUCUGCUGAUUGUGCUAAAGGAGGUCAUGGGGCAUACACUAGUAGUGUUGAACUGAAAGACUAUGAAAAUGGUGUUAUUCAAGCAUCUUCUUUCAGAACAUACCAUACUCCCCUGAAUAAGCAGGUUGACUAUAUUAAUUCGAUGAGGGCUGCUCAAGAAUUGAGUUUGAGGAUUUCUGAUUCUUUGAAGAUAGAGAUCUUUCCAUAUUCUGUAUUUUACAUGUUCUUUGAGCAAUACCUCAAUAUAUGGAGAACAGCAUUGAUCAACCUUGCCAUCGCUAUCGGUGCGGUUUUUAUUGUGUGUCUGAUCAUCACAUGCAGCUUAUGGACCUCGGCUAUCAUCUUGUUGGUGUUGACAAUGAUUGUUGUGGAUCUCAUGGGUGUGAUGGCAAUUUUGAAUAUCCAAUUGAAUGCAAUCUCUGUCGUCAAUCUUGUCAUGUCUGUGGGUAUUGCUGUUGAAUUUUGUGUUCAUUUGACACACGCUUUCUCGGUAAGCAGUGGAGAUAGAAACCAACGGAUGAAGGAGGCUCUUAGUACAAUGGGAGCAUCUGUUCUUAGUGGAAUCACACUAACAAAGCUAGUCGGAGUCCUUGUACUUUGCUUCUCUAGGACUGAAGUUUUUGUGGUUUACUAUUUCCAAGUGUACUUGGCAUUAGUACUUCUUGGAUUUUUGCACGGCCUCGUAUUCUUGCCGGUAAUGCUGAGCUUGUUCGGUCCACCUUCAAGAUGUGUAUUCGUUGAGCAACAGGACAAUCGGCCCUCUACUUCGUCUCGAUCAUAAAGAGUUAUAAUUUAAUUUGCAUCUUAGAUGAACAGGGUUCCGUAGGCUUCUGAAGGUUUGGCGCAUUCAUUGGCAUACAUGCUUAAACGCCAAUAAAGAAAGGAAGAGAAAAUAUAGAGUAGCUUCUAAGUUGUAAAGUGAAAUUGCCAUACCAGGUAGUGUUAGUUAUUUUCUUUUGUAUUUUGUAUAAGGCGUUGCUUCCCUGUAAUCAGAAAAUGACAUUUAAGUUGACGGUAUCAGACAAUUCUGAUAUUGUUGUAAUUUUUUAUUGUGGCAAAUCCAAAGUAGCUGUGCAGGUUUGUUUGUCGAGUUGUAGAUGAUUUUCUUGGUGAUCAAA